AUGAAGCCAGCUGAGCUUCGCCGACAUAGGGAGCGGGGAAGAUACGAUGCCUCAUCCAUCCGCGCCGUGUUCUCAGACUGUUUCAUGGCGCAUGUCUCUUACGUCGACGGCGGCCUCCCGCAAUGCUUGCCCAUGAUCGCGCUGUUUCGGUGUGAGGACGAAGGCGAAGCGGUCUACUUGCACGGCCACCCGAGCUCCCGGCUUAUGGAGCUUGUACGGGCGAAUGAGGUGGAGAGGAAGGCGAGAAUUGAGCGGGGGGAAUUGGGGCAUGGGGAUGAGGAUGAGGAUGAGGAUGAGCGAGUUAAAGUUUGCAUCACGGCUACGAAGGUGGACGGCCUUUCGCUCUCGUCGGCGCCGAACGGGCAUACGUUCAACUACCGCUCCGCCGUCGUGCAUGGUGCAUGCUCGCGUGUCGAGAACCGCAAUACCAAACUAGACGUCAUGCGCGGCGUGAUGGACCACAUCGUGCCUGGGCGAUGGGACGGACUCAACCCCCUCGCUUCCAUCGCGUUGUCGUUGGUGUUUGUGAUCCGCGUCCAGGUCCAGCGGGGUUCGCUGAAACUGAACAGCGGGGUGCCCAUGAUCCAGCCUCGAGAUCGGGCGAAGGAUGGACCGGACCGGGCGGAGCCUGUGUGGACGGGCGUUGUCCCACUGCAUGAACAGCUCGGACAGCCGGUGCCGAGCGGCUUGACGGAUGGGGCGGAGAUACCCGAGAGGCUGUUGAAGUAUAUCCGGGAGCGAAAUGAGAGAGAGGAGGGAUAUGCGAAGUCUGUUUGUAAGUGA